AUGGGGGCCAGCGAUUCGAAACUAGUGUUCAAGAAGGGCAUCUUCCGUCUUUCAGAGGAGCGUCACAUACCCGCCGACGAUCCAUACUGGACCUCGUUCUGGGAGCUGCCCGAGUCGUCCGAAGACAUCUUCAGCCUCUUCGCCGCCGCCGACGUGCGCCGGACCCGAGACAAUGCCAUCGAGAACCUAGAGACCCUCAUACUAGCCGUGACCUCGCGCCUGUUCAUACUACGACACCAUCCCUCCUUUCCCGACCCCGAAAUCGCGCCAGAGAGAGACGCGCUCAACUGCAUACGAGUCCUGAACCGCAUACUGCCCUUUUUGUACGAGGCCGACCACCUCCAAAGCUGGGAGGAGAAGUUCUUCUGGGGCGCGAGGAGGAAACGCACCAGGCGCUCGGCCAUCGCUAAUGAAGUGCUCUUCGAUGAGGCCCAGCCAGAAGAGGUCGAGGCGAAGGCGCCGCUGGACGAGUUCGAGGAGACGAAGCCUCUCGCGGAAGAACUCAUCGAUACGCUGAUCGACCUGCUUUUCUUCUCCGACUUGACUGUCCCCCGUCAACCGCAUGGAAGCCCCAAGGUGACCUACGCUAUCUGGCAGAGCGGUACGCUCAAAUACAACCCGGCGAGCUGGAGAGUGCCAUAUAACACGCUGGUGUUCAAGGAUCCCAAGGAGAUUCUUGUGACCUACACUUUGCAGUUCCUGCUGGUCGUCUUGCUCUACCCCAUUCCUGAGCAGAUCGCGGGCUCUACUCCGAAGAACUAUUAUCGCCACUUCCUCGGCAGAUUGCAUAGACCGCAGGACUUCCAGUUCAUUGUCGAUGGCAUGACCAGGAUCCUCAAUCAGCCCUUCCAGACGAACACGUCUUACAUACCCGGUACUCAAGCGACCACCAAAUUCUCGCCCGAGAUCAUCAUGCUCUUCUGGGAGACCACUCAGUGCAACAAGAGAUUCAGGGCCUACAUGAUCGAUACAGAGAGAGCACACGAUUUUGUCAUACUCAUUCUGUUCUACGCCACCGAGUACAAGGCUGAUGCCUCAAAGCAAGGAGUUGUGCGGAUGUGUGCUUUCCUGCUGCAGACACUGAGUGUGGAGCAAAAGUUUGGCAUCAACCUGAACAAGGCUUUUGAUGGUCAAGAUCUCCUACCUGCGGUCAUCAAGAUACCUGGCUUCAGAGGCAGCUAUGCCGACUUUCUCAUACAAUCGAUUUAUAACCUCAUCACCACAAGCCAAGGGAAGCUUUCAGCUAUAUAUCCAGCAUUGCUUGCCGUGAUCAACAACAUUGCGGCAUCCUUACAAGGCAUCAACACAAUCACCUGCACCAAACUGAUGCAACUUUUCUCUUCAAUGUCAUCUCCAUCUUUCCUUCUGGCCAAUGAUAGCAACCACGAUCUAUUGAGAUCACUUCUAGAGUCUAUGAACGCCAUCAUCGAACACCAGUACAAAGCCAAUCCAUAUUUUGUGUACUCCGUUCUGAAGAACAAGAAACGCUUCGAGGCCCUGCGCUCAUUCACCCUGGAGAGUGGGCAAGAGGAGAUCGAGAGGCGCAAUCGUCGCCGGAAGGAGGAUGGCCAGUCCACCGAUCCCUUCGACAUGAGCAGGACUUCGGUGGAUAGUGUGCGGAGUCCUACAACCGCGCAACCCCGGACUGCAACCCUCAGUAACGUGCCUGAGGAGGACAGCACCUUUGCAAUCGGAGACGAUGAGGACGACAGCGACGACGAAGAGAGACCCACUCCAGCACAGUCCAGCCCUAGCGAGAAUCCUUCGCGUGCGUCAUCGGUGGUGGAUGUUGACGAUGCCGUACCUACACAACUCAGAGGCAUGUCAGAGAAGGCGAGAGGCAAGAUGCCUGCAGGUAUUCCGAGCUUCUCGCGCCAGAAUAGCACAACAAGUCUCGGCAGCUAUUCGGUGGCUGGUCAGUCCACCUCGGGUGGGUUUGAGCCAUCCGCACACUGGAUCGAGAGUUGGUUGCCGGAAUUACCGCUGCACACAGCCCUUACCGUAAUUCAACAGUUGACCGCACUCAUCACUCGCCAGGGCUUGAGUGCUGAGAGCCCGUCCAAUGCAACCCUCAAGGCUAUCAGGGAUGCUGACCUGGUUGGCAUCGAGGCAUCCCCGGUCAGAGUCCACUCAUUCGAGUGGUCGCCGUUGGCUCUCGGGUGGUACGAGUCGCUCGUCUGGAGCUUCGUCUUUGCUAGCGAAAUGCAGCUCGUGAAAGGCACGGUGGGCAUCUGGAACGGCACGGCGAUAAAGUUGUUCAGGGUACAGGAGACGGCACCCGAGGGACCCACCUUGACGUCGCCUCGCGGCGCCGUGGAUGCCGUAGGCAGUAAUAUUGUGUCGAGGAUCGGGUCGAUCAACCUGAGGGGGGCACCCGGUGCUCUUGGUGGUGCGAGUAAUCCUCAACCGGCACAGACCGGUCAGAGUAACGCUUAG